UAGCAUGUUAUGUACAUCAACUCAUAAAACAGUAAAGCACAGAAGCGUCACUUCCUGUAUAUGCUGUAAGACUAGCAAUGUGAGGUCGCUGAUCUGCACUACACAGCUUUAUUUCUAGUUGUUUCUGCACAAUUCACACACACACACUCGCAUAGAAGCUGAUUCUUGGAAUUGUACACUAUGAUGCCAAAUAUACUACUCUCUUCCUACCAACAGGAUCGUUUCGGAACAACAAAGAAGAAGACAAAUGGAGUACUGAAGAUGGAUGAGUCGACACACAAGCAUCACCACCGUGGUUACUACAGAGACCCCGUCGUAAAACAAUCCCAAGUAGCAAGAAAGAGCAGCAGCACUGGAAUCAAGAAAAUGGCCAUUAACAAAGUCUCCAACUUCUCCGAUCUCAUCCACCGUGUCACCGCCUCUUGUUUCCUCCACCCUCUCGCCGCCGACCGCCACCACUCCUCCCAAAUCUCCCCCUCCGACGACUCCGACGACUCUGAUGACUACCCACCCAACCCCAGAAUCUCCGAGUACUUAGCCCAGCAAGAAGAAGAUAUCGAAAACACCGAAAACGGCAGCAUUGCCAGGGCACGGAGAAGUGAUGGGGAAUUUGGGGAUGUGGAGGUGUUGAUUGGUGAGGUUUUUGAGGCGUUUUCGGCUGUGAAGAAGGCUUAUGUGAGUUUACAGGAGGCGCAUUGUCCUUGGGAUCCUGAUAGAAUGCGGGUUUGCGAUGCGGCGGUGGUGGCUGAGCUGCGGAGAAUUGGGGUUUUGAGGGAGAGGUUUAGGAGGAAGAAUGUGGGUGGGGAGAGGGGGAGGAGGGUUGUGGGAGCUACUUUGAGGGAGGUUGUCGCGCCUUAUGAGGCCGCGGUGGAGGAGUUGAAGAGGGAGCUUAAGGUGAAGGAAGUUGAAGUGGAGAAUUUGAAGGACAAGUUGAAGAAUGCGGUGGUGGUGACUGGUGGGAGUGGAGGGAAGAAAAAUGGGAGGGGCCAUCAUCAGUCCAAGCGGAGAGUUGGGUGCAGUACUCAGACUCCUGUAUCACUGUCGCCGGCACCAGAGGUAUUUGAAGCAACAAUGAGCAUGGUAAGAGAAGCAUCAAAGUCAUUUACAGCUCUCCUUCUCUCACUCAUGAAAUCAGCCCACUGGGACAUUACAGCUGCUGUAAGAUCAAUUGAAGCUGCUGCAGGGGCAACUACCAAUGCUACUAUGGACUCCAUUGUGGGACCAAAUCAUGCAAAGUACGCAAUGGAAUCGUAUGUCAACCGGAAAUUCUUCCAAGGUUUUGACCAUGAGACAUUCUACAUGGAUGGCAGCCUCUCAUCUCUACUGCACCCUGAUCAGUUCCGCCGAGAUUGCUUCACUCAGUACCGAGACAUGAAAGCAAUGGACCCCAUUGAACUCCUUGGCAUUCUUCCCACUUGUGACUUUGGCAAAUUCUGCUGUAAAAAAUAUCUCUCCAUUAUCCAUCCCAAAAUGGAGGAGUCUUUGUUUGGUGAUUUGGAACAGCGCUGUCAAGUUUUGGCUGGAAAUCACCCUAGGAGUCGAUUCUAUGGGGAUUUUCUGGGGCUUGCAAAAGCAAUUUGGCUGCUGCAUUUGCUUGCAUUCUCGUUGGAGCCACCACCUAGUUAUUUUGAAGGUAGCAAGGGUGCAGAUUUCCAUUCUCAGUACAUGGAGAGUGUGGUGAGGUUUCCGGGUGGAAGAGUUGUAGGUGGUCAGGUAGUGGGGUUUCCAGUUAGCCCUGGGUUUAAGCUGGCCAGUGGUUCUGUUAUAAAGGCUAGGGUUUACCUUGUGCCCAAAAAUGAUUUUUAGGCAAGAGACUUCCUAAUAAAUGUCUAUUACGAGCUAAUGUAGAGUGUUUUUAAAAUUGUAUUGUUUGUGUAAUGGGUUGGUGGUAGCUUGCUAUGGCUAGUGCUAUAAACUUGCAGAUUUUAAUCAUAACGUUUAAAAAAUUAUAUUAA